AUGAGGGAGAUUCUUCACAUCCAGGGUGGGCAAUGCGGGAACCAGAUCGGCGCCAAGUUCUGGGAGGUCACAUGCGACGAGCACGGCAUCGACAGCACGGGCAAGUACGUGGGUGACUCCGAUCUCCAGCUCGAGCGGAUCAAUGUCUACUACAACGAGGCCAACGGCAGCCGCUACGUGCCGCGUGCCGUGCUCAUGGACCUCGAGCCCGGCACCAUGGAUUCCAUCAGAUCGGGGCCUGUCGGCAAGAUCUUUCGCCCCGACAACUUCGUUUUCGGCCAGUCCGGAGCCGGCAACAACUGGGCCAAGGGGCACUACACCGAAGGCGCUGAACUCAUCGAUGCCGUCCUCGAUGUCGUCCGCAAGGAGGCCGAGAACUGCGACUGCUUGCAAGGAUUCCAAGUAUGCCACUCAUUGGGAGGAGGAACAGGCUCUGGAAUGGGCACCCUUCUUAUCUCCAAGAUCAAAGAGGAGUUCCCUGAUAGGAUGAUGUUAACGUUCUCUGUUUUCCCAUCGCCUAAGGUGUCUGACACCGUCGUGGAGCCUUACAAUGCCACAUUGUCUGUUCACCAGCUGGUCGAGAACGGCGAUGAAUGCAUGGUCCUGGACAAUGAAGCUCUCUACGACAUCUGCUUCCGCACCCUCAAGCUCGCCACUCCUACUUUUGGAGACCUUAAUCAUCUGAUCUCUGCGACGAUGAGCGGCGUCACCUGCUGCCUUCGCUUUCCCGGCCAGCUGAAUUCUGACCUCCGGAAGCUGGCUGUCAAUCUGAUCCCUUUCCCCCGCCUUCACUUCUUCAUGGUAGGGUUCGCACCGCUGACGUCCCGCGGGCCCCGGUAG